CGAGAGCGGGAGAGAUUUGUGGCAUUCAAAACAACAAAGUCGGAGACGAUGGAGAAAAGGAGUGAAAUAGAAGUCGCUUCCAGCAGAAAAUCGAAUCUGAAAAAAUCAUUUAAGCUCGCCUUACGCUCUCUUCUCACCACUCCUUCUCUCCAACCCCAGGAAUUUAGCAAAGCUUUUCCGAAGUUUAGUUCUGCGGAGCAAGAACGUCUCCAUCGGCUGUUUAUUCAGGUUAUUUCGUCUUUGCAUGGAAACAUAGAGGAUGAUUUCGAGUCCCUAUGUGACGAGACACAGGUGGGAACAAUUCUCGAUAUGGUAGAUCAAGUUGUGGAAGAACAGAGUCUGGACCCUUUAUAUCCGGAUAAGACAAAUGUUGGAGAUGUAGGUCGCUCUUUGUCAGAGGUGAAGAAGAAUGAGAUUCAACACAUGACAUAUUUGCUUGAAAAGGCAGAAGAAGAAAAACGCAAAAUUGGUGCUCGUAUUGAUCAUCUAAAGAGUGAAAAACAGGGUUUAUCUGGUUCUACAGAUGCUGUUGAGAAGUUGAAGGCUCAGAUUCUAAACUAUGAGGCAUCAAACAGUAAUGCGCUUAAGUGAUUCUAAGGUUGUAAAGUUUACAAUGAGUCUAUGUAUUAUAGCAUAUCUAACUAGAUUAUGCUUUGCAAAUAUUGUUGAGAUGUUCAAGUAAUGAUCACUGCGGUACUGCUGGUACCAUGUCUUCAUGCUGGAAAUCUGUACUGUUCUUGAACAUUAAUGUAGUUUGAACAAGAACUAUAAUUUGAUGUGAGGUUGAUGUUGAGCAAGUAGGAUAUGUAAAUUGCAGGACAGGUGAUCAUGAAUUGAGUUAUUUAACAGUGAAGCAAAGUUUAUGAAGUUUGCAUUUUUAAUA